GCAACCAGACGGCAUUGUAAACCACUUAAACGCGCCUAGAACGUUCACAGCACAGCAUAGUUCAUUAAUAUAUAGACACACACACGCACACGUUUAUAUAUAUAUAUAUAUCAGUGGCAGACCGAACGGAAUUUAAUAAAGCAAAGCCCACAUUGUUGAUCGCAUCACAAACAAAUAGAAAACAACAAUUUAAUCAAUUACAAGAUCUAUUUAUAAGCUUCCAAGCAACAUUUAAUCAUGGGUCUGACGCGUUUACUGGUCAAAGAUGGCGGAUUUGGCACACAGAUGACUGUCCAUGUGGGUAACUCGGUGGACGGUGAUCCGCUAUGGAGUGCUCGUUUCAAUGCCACCAAUCCAACAGCUGUUAUCAAUACACACUUGGACUUCUUGCAGAAUGGCGCUGAUAUGAUAUUGACAAACACAUAUCAGACGAGCGUUGAGGGCUAUAUGGAGUACUUGGAGUUGGACGAGCAGGAGAGCGUGGAGCUGAUCAAGAAUACCGUGCAAUUGGCGCACAUUGCCAAAGAAAAGUACCUAACGGAAUGCUAUGAGGCACAGCUCGCAAUACCCGAAGGCUACCCUUUGAUAAUUGCUUCGAUAGGACCCUUUGGUGCUCAUCUGCACGAUGGCUCUGAGUACACCGGCAGCUAUGCGGACUAUGUACCAGCAAAAACCAUUACGGACUGGCAUCGCGUUCGAAUUGAGGCAUGCCUCGAGGCGGGCGUGGAUGCCUUAGCCAUUGAAACGAUACCCUGUCAAAUGGAAGCGGAAGCUCUAGUUGAAAUGCUGUGUGACGAUUAUCCAGAUGUUAAAUUCUGGGUAGCCUUCCAGUGCAAGGAUGAAAGCACUCUUGCCCAUGGCGAAGAUUUUGCAGAUGCAGCAAAUUCCAUUUGGGAUUUGCUAGCAGAACGUAAAGCCUUAGACAAGUGCCUAGCAGUGGGCGUCAACUGUGUACAUCCCCAAUUUGUGACGCCACUCUUUAAGAGCUUAAAUGGCGAUCGCAAUGUCGAUGAACAGAUUCCCCUCGUGGUCUACCCGAACAGCGGUGAGGUCUACGAUGUGAACACUGGUUGGCAAGGUCGAGAGCAUUGUGUGCCGCUCGAGAAUUAUGUGCCAGAGUGGACACAGUUGGGUGCGAAAAUCAUUGGCGGCUGUUGCAGAACCUAUGCUCGUGACAUUCGACGCAUUAGCGAGGCUGUCCACGCCAUAAACAAGCUUAAAAAAAUUGCCUGAGAUGGAUACGAAGAUCUCUGAGUAGAACGAAAUGCAUUUGACUUAGGU